AUGGAAGAAAAUGCAAACACUAGCUUGGACGAAGAUUUUGAAGGACAAGCUACACACACAGGGCCCAAAGGUGUGAUCAAUGACUGGAGAAAGUUUAAAUUAGAAAGUGAAGACAGAGACUCCUUACCCUUGAGCAAGAAAGAAAUUCUUCGACAGAUGUCUUCUCCACACAGGUCUUUCAGUAAGGAUGAUAAAGACACCAGAGAUAGAUUCUGUCGUAAGAUGAGUAUGCAGGAGUAUGAAUUAAUUCAAGAUGACAAAGAAGAUGAAAGCUGCCUACAAAAAUACCGCAAACGCUGCAUGCAGGAUAUGCACCAGAGGCUAAGUUUUGGGCCUAAAUAUGGUUAUCUGUGUGAGCUGCAAAACGGAGAACAGUUCCUGGAAGCCAUUGAAAAAGAACGGAAGACUACCACCGUCAUUGUCCACAUUUAUGAAGACGGCAUCAAGGGCUGUGAUGCUCUGAACAACAGCUUAACCUGCCUUGCUGCUGAGUACGCCACUGUGAAGUUCUGCAAAAUCAAAGCCUCUGACACUGGGGCUGGAGACCGCUUCUCAGAUGAAGUGCUUCCCACCCUGCUCGUCUACAAGGGUGGGGAGCUCCUGAGCAAUUUCAUUAGCGUUUCUGAACAAUUCAACGAUGAAUUCUUUGCUGUGGAUGUGGAGUCUUUCCUAAAUGAGUAUGGGUUGCUACCUGAAAGGGAGCUUCCAGCACUGGGAAAUGGUAACACCGAUGAGCAAGAUGUUGAAUAAUUGGAGAGCCACAAUCCUCACUCUUAU